AUGGCCGCGGCGGAGCUGUACGGGCAGGGUGCCCGCGUGUGGAUCCCCCACUGCACUGAGGUCUGGAGGGUGGCAGAAGUCACCAGGGGCUACAGGGAAGGGGACGACGUUCUCCACCUCCGCCUGGACGAUGCCUCRGAGCUGGUCUACCCUGUGGGCUCCCAGCUGCCGCCUCUCUGCAACCCUGACGUCCUGUGCGGCGAGGACGACCUGGCGGCCCUCAGCUACCUGCACGAGCCGGCCGUGCUGCACUCGCUCCGCGUGCGCUUCCUGGAGGCCAACGCCAUCUACACCUACUGCGGCAUCAUCCUUGUGGCCAUCAACCCCUACAAGCAGCUGCCCAUCUACGAGGAGGAGGUGAUCUACGCCUACAGCGGCCGCGAGGUGGGCGACAUGGACCCGCACAUCUUCGCCCUGGCCGAGGAGGCCUACAAGCAGAUGUCGCGGUACGGCAGGAACCAGUCCCUCAUCAUCAGCGGCGAGUCGGGCGCGGGCAAGACGGCGUCGGCCAAGUUCGCCAUGCGCUACUUCACCACCGUCGGCGGCAGCCUGGGCGACUGCAGCGUGGAGGAGAAGGUGCUGGCCUCCAGCCCCGUCAUGGAGGCCUUUGGGAAUGCGAAGACCACCAGGAACGACAACAGCAGUCGCUUUGGGAAGUACAUAGAGAUUGGCUUCAGCCAGACAUACGUCACGGGGGCCACCAUCAAAACCUACCUGCUGGAGAAGUCCCGUGUCACCUUCCAGGCAAAAUCGGAGAGGAACUACCACAUCUUCUACCAGCUCUGCGCAUCAGCAGCCCUGCCGGAGCUCCAAGGCCUGGGACUCUGUGCAGCCGAGUCCUUCCACUACACGCGCCAGGGCCAGUGCACCCACGUGGAGGGCAUCGACGACGCUGCUGCCCUGGACAGCACGCGACAGGCCUUCUCGCUCCUGGGGGUCCCGGAGGCCGAGCAGCUGGAGCUCUUCCGCGUGCUGGCUGCCGUCCUGCACCUGGGCAACGUCGGGAUCCGGGGCAGGGAGCGCCGUGGCGACGGCUGCUCGGUGGAGCCCACAGACAGAGCCCUGGGCCUGUUCUGCGCCCUGCUGGGCGUCGAGGCGGCGCCCGUGGCCCGUUGGCUCUGCCACCGCAAGCUGGUCGCCACCGGCGAGACCUACGUGAAGCCCCUGUCCAGGCAGCAGGCGCUYGACUCCCGCGACGCCCUGGCCAAGCACGUGUACGGGCAGGUCUUCAGGUGGAUGGCAAGUAGGGUCAACCGUGCCCUGCGGUCCCCAGAGGGCCACCACACCUCCAUUGGCAUCCUGGACAUCUAUGGGUUUGAGAUGUUUGAGCUCAACAGCUUUGAGCAGUUUUGCAUCAACUAUGCCAAYGAGAAGCUGCAGCAGCUCUUCAACCUGCACGUCUUCAAGCUGGAGCAGGAAGAGUAUGUGGCYGAGGAGAUCCCUUGGGUAUUUGUUGACUUCUGUGACAACCAGCCAUGCAUUGAGCUCAUCGAGGGCCGCCUGGGCAUCCUGGACCUGCUCAAUGAGGAGUGCAAGAUGCCCCAAGGCAGUGAUGGGAGUUGGGCCCAGAAGCUUUACCAGACUCAUCUGGGCAGCUCCCACUUCCAGAAGCCCAAGAGACCCAUGGAUGCCUUUAUUGUCUGCCACUUUGCUGGCAAGGUGGAGUAUCAGUGCCACGGGUUUGUGGAGAAGAACAGGGACACCGUCCCUGAGGAGCUGGUGGGGCUGCUGCGAGCCAGCAAGUGCCCGCUGCUCGCCGAGCUCCUCCUGGAGGACGCCGCUGGCCCCGUGUCCCUGCAGCCCCGCAGGUCYGGCGGGGCCAGGCCGCCCGCUCGCCCCGGCCGCCGCUCGCUGCCUGCCAGCAGCAAGAGCAAGAAGUCGGUUGCCAGCCAGUUCAAAGCGUCCCUGCACAAGCUCAUGGGCACGCUGGGCAGCACCACGCCGCACUACGUCCGCUGCAUCAAGCCCAACGACAGCAAGCAGCCCUUCGUGUUUGACUCRAGGCGGGCAGUGGAGCAGCUCCGAGCCUGCGGGGUGCUGGAGACCAUCAGGAUCAGYGCCUCGGGCUAUCCCUCCAGGUGGACCUACCAGGAGUUCUUCGACAGGUACCGCGCGCUGCUGAGCAGGGAGGAGCUGGAGGGCACUGAUGCCAAGCAGAUCUGCGACCAGGCCCUGCAGAGGCUGCUGCAGGACCCCAGCAAGUACCGGUGCGGCAAGAGCAAGGUGUUUCUGCGGGCGGGCCAGGUGGCCUACCUGGAGGGGCUGCGCUGGCGGCGGCUGCGCGACGCCUGCGUCCUGCUGCAGCGGCACCUGCGCGGCUGGCUGGCGCGGCGGCGCGCGGGGCGGGCGCGCGCUGCAGUCCUGCGCCUGCAGCGCUGCGCCCGGGGCCUGCUGGCCCGCAGGCUCGCGCAGCGGCUGCGCAGGACGCGGGCUGCCCUGGUGCUGCAGAAGAGCAUGCGCAUGGCCCUGGCACGGCGCCGCUACCUCCGCCUGCGCCGGGCUGCCCUCACCAUCCAGGCUUUUGCCCGCGGCAUGUUUGCCCGGCGCCUCUGCCAGCAGCUGGUGCGGCAGCGCAAGGCCGUGGUGCUGCAGGCGGCGGUGCGCGGCUGGCUGGCCCGCGGGCGCUACGCCCGCCUGCGCGCGGCCACCCUCUACCUGCAGUGCUGCUGGCGGCGGGCGCGGGCGCGCCGCGAGCUGCGGCGCCUGCGCGCCGAGGCGCGCUCCGUCGAGCGCUACAAGCAGCUGCACCGGGGCAUGGAGAUCAAGGUGAUGCAGCUGCAGUGCAGGCUGGAUGAGCAGGCGCAGGAGAAGCAGCGCCUGUCGGAGCAGCUCUCGGCGCUCACGGCCGCGCACGCCCGGGAGGUGCAGGGGCUGCGCGCCGAGAUGCGGCGGCUGCGGGAGGAGGCGGUCGGCGACGCGCGUGUCCAGUGCCUGCAGGAGCGGCUGGCCCAGCUGGAGCGGCACAGCGCCGAGAGCAGCCUGGCCUGCGAGCUGCGGGAGCUCAAACAGCGCUUAGCGGAGGUGGAGGCUGUGAAGCUGCACCUGGGUGAGGAGAGGGAUGCCCUGAUCCAGCGCACGUUGGAGCAGUCGCAGGAUCUCGAAGAGCAGCACCGGCGCGCGGCCAGGGAGAGCCGGGGGCUGCUGCAGGAGCUGGAGGAGGAGCGCGCCCGGUACCAGAGCCUYGUGAAGGAGUACGCCCGCCUGGAGCAGAGCUACGAGAACCUGCGCGAUGAGGUCGCCUUCCACAAGCAAAGCACCUUCAGGCGCUCCCCUUCAUCCGAGAGCUUCCUGGGCUCCGAGAGCAGCUGCGUGUCCUCCAUGUCCACGGCCCCAUCGCGGGAGGACUCUGAUCUGCAGGCUGAGGGAGCGGAGGAGCCGGGGCUGGAGGGUCAGCAGCCCCAGGUGGGCAGCGGCGAAGCGGUGCCAAGCCAGCACCCCUUCGAGAAGGCCUAUCUGCUGCUCCUGGGGCAGCUCAACRCCGUCAACGAGGAGCUGGCCCGCACCCGCGAGGAGCUGCGCCAGGCCCGGGCGCGCGGCGAGCCCGAGGAGAAGAAGCCGCUGGAUUUCCUCAAGCGCAGGAACAUCGCAGAGGUGCUGGGGCUGGCGAGGAGCCCUGAGAAGGAGGCUGCGGGCGGUGACUUGAAGCAGGCGUAUGACGCAGUGCAGGUUGCCAAUAGGCUGCUGGUGAGCCAGCUGCAGGAGGAGAAGCAGCAGCACGAGGAGGACGUGGAAGGGCUGCAGCUGGACAUCAGCUCCCUCAAGCAGCUGAACCAGCAGCAGGCAGCCCUCAUCCAGGAGCUGCAGCGGCAGCGGGGCCGCGAGGGGCUGCAGCACCACGUGGAGCGGCUGGAGGAGGAGAACUGCGAGCUGGCCCAGAAGCUGGAGAAGGAGGAGAAGGCCACGCUGAAGCUGCAGAAGCAGCUGCGAGCCUACGCGAGGCAGAUCCAGGAGCUCGUGGGCAAGAAAGAGGCCGCCUGGCCGGCGCAGGAGCCAGCAGUCUCCCCCAUGGCCUCGUCCCCAGCUGGGCAGCCCCAGGCCAUGCUGGCAUGGAGAGCGGGGGACGAAGGGCGCAUCGUCAAGGCCCUCAUCACAGACUACAGCGCGCAGAGCAGCCCCGGGGCGCUGCCGGACCUGCCAGCCUAUGUCCUCUUCAUGUGCUACCGGCACGCGGACCACUGCCGUGACGAGCCGCGGGCCCGCUCGCUCCUCGAUGCCGCUGUCGGYGCCAUCAAGAGAGUCAUGAAGAAGCAGGGCGAAGAUGUGGCCGCGCUGGCCCUGUGGCUUGCCAACACCUCCCGGCUCCUGAACUGCCUGCGCCAGUACGGCAGCGACGAGAGCUACCGGCAGGAGAACACAGCGCGGCAGGACRAGCACCGGCUGCGCCACGUGGACCCGCAGGGCGCCUGCCGCAGCCUGGGCGCCCUGGCCAUCCAGCUCUACCAGCAGCUCAUCGAGGCGGCCCAGAAAGGCAUCAAGCCCAUGAUCGUUGCCGCGAUGCUGGAAAGCGAGACCAUCCAGGGCUUGGCCUCUGCUCGCCCGCUGGGCUCCCGCCGGCCCUCGGCCCCCGUGGGCCACCCGCUGCCCGAGCUGCUGCGGCAGCUGGGCUCGCUGCAUGACCUGCUGAGCCGCUACGGGCUGCCCGUCACCCUGGGCCACCAGGCCCUUCGCCAGCUCCUCUUCUUCAUCAGCGGCACCACCCUCAACUACCUGCUGCUGCGCAAGGACGCCUGCUCCUGGACCCGCGGCAUCCAGCUCCGGUACAACAUCAGCCAGCUGGAGCAGUGGCUGCGGGCGCAGGGGCUGCACCAGAGCGGCGCCCGCCAGGAGCUCGAGCCGCUCGUGCAGGCUGCCCAGCUGCUGCAGGUGAAGAAGGCCACCGAGGAGGACGCCGGGGCCAUCUGCAGCCUCUGCACCGUGCUGUCCCCGCAGCAGGUUGUGAGGAUCCUACGGGCUUACACGCCUGCCGCGGGGCUGGAGGAGCGCGUGAGCCCCAGCUUGAUCAGCAGCGUGGAGAAGCGCCUACAGGGCCGGAGCCCCGAGGGGCCCAGCCAGCUCUUCGUGGACGUGGGUCACAUCUUCCCCGUGCACCUGCCCUUCUCCGCCUCUUCCGUGCACCUGGAUGAGCUCCGUGUCCCCGAGAGCCUGGGCCUGCCCUCGCUCCGCGUGUGAGCCGCCCUGCCGCCAGCCUCGGCCCCUCUGCAAACCAGGAGCAGCUGGGGGUGGCACUUGUGUCCCCUUGCUCUGGGAAGUGAUUUAUUUACCGGAACGCGUGUGCACGGGUCGUGGCACAGCCAGGGAUGCUCCCGAGCUGAAGGCUUCAGCCACGUGUUUUAAUGCUUUGCA